AUGGCCUCACUUCUUCCCACAGUCCACCUUCCUGUCCCCGUUCUCCUCCAUGCCUUGGGCCUCUUCUCCCUCGGCAUGUACUUAACCUUCACCAAGGUUCCUUCGGCACUAGGAAUAGCCGUCACGGGCCUUGGAUUGUCCUACCUCCUCACGUCUUACGUACCCAUUGAACAAAAUCAAUUCCUCCACGCGAGUGUCCCGGUGCGCAUCAUACUGGCAACUUUAGCAGCUGCGCGGCUUCCGACUGCGCCACAAGCGGAACGCAAGAAUCUGAUAAUCCUGAUCUUUGAUAUAAUUAUCACGUUCACGCAAAAUCAGCAAAAAGUGUUCAGCCAUGUUAAGCCUUGGAGCCACUCUAUUUUGAGCCCAUCAAACUAA